UUGCUAACCAAAGUUUUGACAUCCAGUUUUGAGACUUACCAGCCUUCCCUCCUGACCUCAGUUCAAGACUUCUGCAGGUGUUGAAGAUGAGUGAGGUCAAAAACCUGGCCUGUUUUUAUACUCUGCUCUUCGUGCUGACGGGAUGUGUCCGCGCUGACCUUCACUUCUUGGAUAGGAAUGAGGGGGAGUCUGUGGUUUUCUCCUGUGUGGUGGAGAAGAGGAACCCCCCUCCCUAUGGUGUCUACCUGCAGCGACGCUUUCUGCAGACCUCUGAGGUGCUGUUCAUGUACACCAAGAGCGACUUCAGCACGAACAACAGUUACGACAAGAACCGCACCAGUGUGAGCGGGGACCCGAGCAGCUACGCUCUGAACGUGACCAUCACUCAGCUGAGGGUCAGUGACACAGAUCGCUACGUCUGUGAGUUUCUCGUGCCGGUUCCUUCCUCUGAAGAUCUGCACCUGAAGGGAAACGAUGAAUUCGUCCUCGUGGUUAAAGCUAACGCCGUCAGCUCGACGGACUUUGGUUUGGUAGAGAUCUGUGCAGGGGGCUCUGCUGUACUCCCCUGUGUCCCCCCUCGAGUGGAGGCCCUUGCUAUGGAGGGGGUGAGUCUGAAGCGGCAAAGGAGCCGACUGGCACCUGUGGAGGUGUUGUACCACUCACAGCAUCACCGUGGAAACCGUGGCCUUGUCUCCUCCUCCUCCCGUUUUCCUGAUGAGAGGGUCCAGCUGUUGUUGAAUCAGGGUCCUGGUGGCAUCACUUACAACCUGACCCUGCUGCACAUGCGGCCGGAGGACAGCGCCCUCUACAGCUGCACGCUGCUCCUGCGUGGCUUACCUGACAGCAGCACCCGGCUAGGGAGACAGGUGUUCUUUGUGUCAGUGCAAGCCGAGUGCGGCUGCUCCGGCUACUCCACUCUGCUGUACGCCCUGUCUGCAGCCGUGGCCGUCCUCCUCCUCCUCGUCUUCCUCAUUGGAUGUGUGGUGUUUCAUCGAGGCAAAGCACGCCGCAGCGUCAAGUCACACCCUCAGGUCCCCAUCUACGAGGAGAUGGCCGGGGUGCACGCUGACAGUCAGAAACUGGCCCCUUACCAUCUGGAGGAAACAAGUUCUUCUGAGAACAAAAUCGGUCACAUGAAGAGAUCCUGUCCUGAAAACCAUUAUGAGCGCCCCAGCGGGUGCCCCAGGAGAGUGUCACCGUAAGAACACAAAAGACCUCACCAGAAUCACAAAUGAGCUUAUCAAUGUAUCAACUCAGGUGUCGUAAACGUGCUGGACUUCAUAUCAGUGGCACAUUGUAUUUUAUUCUUCUAAUCAUUUGAAUGUUAAAUAACUCGGUGUGUGAGCCACAUACGAUCUAGAUUGACAUGACAAAAGGCUAAGUUUAAAAUAACUUAAGGCCAAUGACAGUAUUUAAAUUUUGAGCCCUUUUUUUAAUACAAAAAAAAAAGCAUUAAAAGCAUUUCAGUGAGGAACUGUAAACUCUGCAUAAACACACUUAUCAACAGUUUGUUUCUGAAGUCGAACAAACAUGUUAAAUAUAUUUCUGUCUAUGGUAAACAUUUGCUGUGUAGUUUUUUAAAAAAAGAGGCUGUUUUCAGCAACGUCAUCAUUUUUAUGUGUAUCUAAUUCAUUGUACAUAGAACUGCAGGAGCCUCAUAUAAGAUACAAAGGUGAAUUGUCUCUUUAAAAACAAUCUUUGAACACUCGGAAAAUAUUUUAUUUUGUAUGCUAAUAUAUUUGAAAUUCCAUCAUUUUGAGUUUAAGAUUUCCAGUUUAUUGAUUUGCAAUAAUUCACAAACAAAUGUAUUUUAUAUGAAAUAUCUUCUUGUUGUAUAUACUGUUCUAUCCCCUCCCUGAUGGCCUUGUGUUUUUAUUUGUGUUUUUCAGAGUGUAUUAAAUAAAAUGUACUUCUAAA